AUGCCCUCCCAGCCAGCUUUACCACCGCUCCUCGCGCCCUAUCUCUCCCCUGUCCCUCAAUCAUCACUGACCCUGGUUUCUUCCAUCCUUGGCGCAACAAGCAACUGGCUAGUCCUCAGAUUUCUUCAUGCGGCACUAAGCACCUCAUCAAGUCAGAAUGCCGCAUCUGAGCCAGAGGGGGUUCAGAAUGGCGCGAAGCGGAAAGUAGUCUUUGUGAGCUUCAUGCGGAGUUUUGAAUUUUGGAAGUCAGAGGCGAAGCGAUUGGGUCUGGACCUUGUACGCUUGGCAGACAAGCAGCAAUUCGCCUUCAUUGAUGGCCUCUCAGGGCUAUUUUAUACACCACCAAUCUCUCGCACCACUUCUUCUGCUGCCUCCGCCGCUGGCCGGGGAACAGAGCUGGGCGUGGCCAAGAAGCUCCAUUUUUCCGGCCGCGGCACUGCAGCCCUCGAUGCGCUGGAAAGCGACAUCAUCUCUGUGAUGCAGCAGCUUAAGACUUCCGCAGAAGACGGCGAUGAAUUGCUUCUCAUCGUCGAUCAGCCGGACUUACUACUCGCCACCACGGGGCCGAGUCUGGGAAUCGGAGCGACCGAGAUGGCGGAGUGGGUGACGGGGUUACAGCAGCAUGCACACGCUACGAUCUUGACUAUAGCAGCGGACUCGCCGCUGAUACAUAAUGUUUCCGUAUCGAGGGCUGGAGGCCACAUGCCUGCUCCGAUUGAGACGGAGCAUGCGGGGUUUGCGAUUGGGCUGGCGCAUCGGGCACGCUCCGUUAUGCAACUGCGUACUCUGGAGACUGGGGUUGCGAGGGAUGUUAGUGGGGUGCUGAGGAUAAGUGCAGGCGGCGGAUGGACUGCGGGCAAGGAUGAUAGCCCGGAGAAGGAGGUGUUGUAUUACAUCCAGCGGGAUGGUGGCGUCCGGGUGUUUGGCCGGGGCGAAUCUUAG